UUGUUUGUUACGCAAUCAGCGGGUAGUUAUUUCAGCUCCCUCGAACGGCUAUUCUCGCGUCUCGCGCGCUCCCCCUCCCUCGAAGUCACGGUUCGAAAUCUGCGUCGCAGGCGACAUCCUCGCGGCGCCUCGUGCUUUUUCGUCGAGCGCGGGACACGGCUGUUCGAGCGGCACUGUCGUGCACCGCGACAUCCGAUCCGUCGCGACGGUACUCGCGUGUUGUCGCAAUAACGACGCCUUAUCCGAGCUGUUCCGCGCUCGUUCGUCCUGCUGUGCCGUCCUUGAGCCUGCGUUUCCCUCCCCGGAUGGCACAGAGGGGAAAAGAAGCCCCCCCCCCAAGCAGGGAGCAGAAGUCAUAUAAAAGUCAGGUGAUGACGUCAAGAUCGAGAGAGAGGACACGCACAUGAUGGAGAGGACGUGGCGGAAUAUACGGAAGACGGCCUUUAUCUUAUCGCUGCCCUUGCUAUUGGCCGGUGUGAGGAGCGAGGCGCCGUUGGACAGCAGCGCGCUGCCCCUGGAACACAGGUCGGUGUACGGUGCACCGGCCCAGUAUGGCCCGCCGGUCGUCCCCGAGGAGAACUGGCCGCUGGCGACGCCCGACACCCCGCAGAUCAAGAAUCUGCAGGUGCAGUGCGAGAAGACGCACAUGCGCGUGAACAUCGAGUUCGACCGGCCGUUCUACGGCAUGAUCUUCAGCAAGGGCUUCUACUCGGACUCGCACUGCGUGCACCUGAAGCCCGGCACCGGCCAUCUGAGCGCGACCUUCGAGAUCUUCCUGAACUCGUGCGGCAUGAGCUCGUCGGCGAAUCACAACGUCGCGGCGUACGGCUCGCCCUCGCCGUCCGGCAGCUACGUCGAGAACACGAUAAUCGUGCAGUACGAUCCGUACGUGCAGGAAGUGUGGGACCAGGCGAGGAAGCUGCGCUGCACCUGGUACGACUUCUACGAGAAGGCGGUGACCUUCAGGCCGUUCCAGGUCGACAUGCUGCACGCGGUCACCGCGAACUUCCUCGGCGACAAUCUGCAGUGUUGGAUGCAGAUACAGGUGGGCAAGGGCCCCUGGGCCAGCGAGGUGUCCGGCAUCGUCAGGAUCGGGCAGACCAUGACGAUGGUGUUGGCUAUCAAGGACGACGAGAACAAGUUCGACAUGCUGGUGAGGAACUGCGUCGCGCAUGACGGCAAGAGGGCGCCUAUUCAGCUGGUCGAUCAGUACGGUUGCGUCGUCAGGCCGAAGAUCAUGUCCAGGUUCCAGAAGAUCAAGAACUUCGGCCCGAGCGCGUCCGUCGUUAGUUUCGCCUACUUCCAGGCCUUCAAGUUCCCCGACAGCAUGAACGUCCACUUCCAGUGCGUGAUACAAGUCUGCCGGCAUAAUUGCCCCGAGCCUAAGUGUGGACAUCCUGGACUCGAGUACGGCGCGCCGGCCGGUAUCUCUCACGAAUAUGGCGCACCGGUCUCGCAAGGUCUUGCUUCGGAAUACGGUGCCCCGCCUGUGCCCGAAUACGGCGUGCCACCGGCUUAUCCUGAUCCGCGACAUCCCAGUGGGCCAGCUGGAGCGUACAGCGAGCCGAAUCCGGACGUAGUUCCGGCACCGCAAGCGCAAACCUCGUCCUCUUCACCCAGCUCGACGCCGGGCGACGCGACGGCGAGCAGUUCACCCCAGAGUUCUCAGGAUAGCCUCCUUCCUCCACCUCCUCUACCGGGCCACCCGUCGGCGUACCAGACUGUGAAGCGAAAAGGAAACGCCGGCACGGAGGAGCUCGAGGGUAACCUGGCCAUCCUCGGAGGUCGACCGAGGUCGGUCGAAGGUUUCCCGGCGGAGCUCAGAGGCGCCAGAAGGCGGAGGCACGACGAGGCCCACUUCGAAGAGGACGAUAGCAACGUCCAUCGCACGGUGACCCUGUUCUCCACCCACGUGUACAAGCGAGCGGCGCAGGAGAUGACGGACGUGAAUACGUCGCGGGUGAUCCAAGUCGUGGCGCCGGGCGACGUGAACUUCGCGCUGGGCACGAGCAAUUCCAGCAACGACAGCACCGUGGUGAUACAGAACGCGAGCGCGUCCUCCGACCCGGAGACGAUCUGCAUGAGCUUGCCGGGCUUCGUGGGCGGCCUGGUGAUGCUGCUGCUGGUGGUCGUGGUGGCCUCCCUAGUCGCGGCCUUCCUCUUCGUCAGGGUGCGCGCCGUCGACCGCAAGAACGUAGCGCUCGGCGGCGCCGCCGCCGGCGGCGGCAGCUUCGUGCAUCCGGCGUACGCAACGGAGAACUGCAACGUGGCGAAUCCCGAAUUCGUCAAGGUCGCCAAUUGAGAAGUGCGCGCGGCGCGCAAAAUCAAAAGAGAAAGGACUCACCGCGGCGGAGGAGGAAGAGAGAGACGAUCCCCCGCCAGCGGAGGAUCGUCGACGACGGGCAUGCUUCGGGACCGCCGCUUCAUCCGAAACUCGAGACACGCGCCGGAGAUUCUCCCCCGUCGGAAGUCGCGUUUCUCUCCCCUCCUCUCCUCGUGACCGGUGCCCUCGUGUCUAGUCUAGUCGAGAUCGUCAAUCGCGCUCGUCGAGUCAACGUCGAGACAACGACUAGAUCGAUAUUGAAAUUCAAGGGGGGGUGGGGGCUCUUCUCUCGAGCGGCGGUGUAAAUAAGAGGCCCGGGAGCUUUCGAUUUCACGGAGCGGAAGCGGAAGAACGGAGGAGAGAGGAAGGUUACGAAGGAAUGAGAACGCCGAGAGGGACGCCUUCCACCGGCUCCGUUCCGCGAUCGGGAGAUCGGCUCUUCUUCCUCAUCGUCGUCAUCGAUCGGCGCGCCCGCGUCCCGACUCGAAAUUUCAGUUCCGCGUUAAGCCCAUUCAGUUCUACGUCUUCAAAAGUCUUCAAAGGUUCUUCUACUGCGCUGCCCUUUCACGCUACAAAUGGUUAUUUUCCGUUUUCCCCACGCGGAAAAAAGAAAGUUUGGUUGCGCCGACUCGAAGAGGAAGGGAACGAUCGGAUGCAUUUUGCCCGAAGGGAACGGGAUUUCUGGUUACGUAAGGCACGUUUGAAAUUCAUAAGAAAUUCUGUUCCCUUCAACUAGAGCGCAUCCGGUCGCUCCCAUUCUGGCUUAUGCGAGCGGAUUUUUUUCCCUUGAAGACUUAAUGUGGAAUGACAAAUUUUCCCUCCGAAUUUCCUUUGUAGCGUCAAGGGAAGCGUGAUUAUUACUAGUUAUUUCCGUAUUUUCCACUUAAAAACUUAAGUCGAUAUUCAUAGUAGGAUCUAACACGGGAUGUUCCGGUUCUCGCGACUUUAAUUUCACCGAGAGGUUCUCCGAGCAACUUCAAGCUGAUUUUGCCCGACCGGGGAUCGGUCGAGGCGCGAAUAGUUUCCGAGAUUGCGAUUGAAGAAAGCGGAGCUUUUCGCGAAUUACGCUUCGGGCGACCAAACGGAACAGCGGAAUUAUUAUCAAUCUCCGAUUGAUUUCAAGCGGGCCUGAAGGUAACGGGAUUUUAAUUCGAGACGUCGGUUAAAAGAUACGCCGAAGACUGAGAAGCUGUCAUAAAUAAUGGCCUACCUCGGUAGAUUUUCGUCAAAGGAAUACCAACUCUGAACUGUUCAGAGAAUCUCUCUAAUAAAAUUCAGGUCGCGAGAACAGGGACGUCCUGUACAUACAAGACCGUCUCAUCUUCAGAUGCUGCACGUCUCGCUUUCACCGGCAUGCGAAGCGUCCGAAGACGAGGACGCUCUUGAAUCUAAGCUCCGACUGCGAGUACCGGUCUUAAGGAGUGGAACUGAGAUUUCGACUCGAGAUGCGCGCAGGAUCGGACGAGGAACCGAGGGUGCGCGCGAGUCUCGCUGGUGGAUCGCGGUCGGCGGAAUGCGCGUCACAGAUCCGCGGAUAUCCGAGCGUGCGGCGAUCGCCUCGUCUCAUCAUGCCCGGCCGGCGAUCGACGUAAUCGCCGAUUACGUCGAGCGCCCGGGCUUGGAAGCGGACGAGCGAUCGAUCGGCGCGACCGCCAGAAGAGUAGUCUCGGAGGGCAUUGUAAAUAAGCCGCGGGUAGUAGUCAGACGGCCCUUCAGGACGCCCGCUUGUCUCUCCCGGUCACCACGCAAUUAUUUAUACACGCGUCGCGCAUACUUGAGCGAGCGUUCCUCUUCGCCUUCUCGUAUCUCAUCCGUGGACCUAAGAAUCUACGGACGGCGUGUAAGGCGGACCCGGUAAGGCUAAUCCGCGGUAAGGGGGAGGGGGGGAAGAGGAGGGUUUGUACAGGGAUUUCUGUACGUGAAAAAAGUUGGUGCAGAACUUCUUGAGAUAAGAUUCAACGAAACGAUGAAUUCGACGGUCGAAAAAUACGAUCCUCUUCAGCGUCUUCGAGAAACUGUCACGCUACAGACUGUAUACCACUUGCGAGCUUCCGGUUACGUUCGUUGGGAAAAGUCGACGGUGUUCCACGGUGGAAGGAGACGAUCGGCGAAUAAAAAAAGGAGAGCGCGCUUUUACACACCCCUCACCGUGAAUUAGCCGACCCCCUUGCCGGGAAAAGUUCACUUUACACUCCGUCCCGAAAUUCUUAGGUUCGUGACUAUCGGCGCCCGAUUGGUGUGUUUCGCACCGGUUUCGCUUGCCGAGAUCUCGAGCGAUUCGGCGAGCUGGCGAACGCUCGCCACGGUGGGACACGUUCACACCUCGAGAUCGGCAGUAGUCGUCGUCGUCGAAGUGCAACGCUUGUUCUCUAGGAGUUGUUGAAUUCAGGACGAAGGAUCCGCCUCGCUCAAGGGACCCUCGCCGAGCCGCUUAAGAUUCAACGAGAAGACUCUAUAUUUAUUAUCUCUCUUCUCUUUUUUUCCCCCUCUCUUUCUCUCUCUCUCUCUCUCUCUCUUUUUCUCUCUUUCUUCCUAUCCUCUUUUCUAACUUCACGUCCCCCCAUCCUGAUCGAUCUAACCUUAACUUAUUGAUCGAAAUUGCGCGACAUUACCCUCCCCUUACUUUACUUCGCUUAGUACUUAAGGUAUCCCUCGAGGAAUAUUCCCGGCAAUUGGGGAUAUGUUUUACGUAUGUGUCUUAAGCACACCCACACAUUUACACACACGCGUACACGUGCAUACGCAUACACUAGAAAAACACGUUGUUACUCAUUGACACGUACACGCAUGACAUCAGACACACACACACACACACACACACAAAUGCGCGGAAAAAACGCGCGAACGUUAUUAUACCAGCGCGAGAAAUGUAUUCGCGAGACAUUCAUUACAAUAACAUUAAUUAAUUGUUUGAGAAUUAUUUUAAUUACAUGAUCAUUUUUAUUUA